UUGUGAAUGAAAAUCGUUUCCUGAAACUUUUCAGCCCACCAGAUGGCGGCAUAUACAUCCUGAUAAUGGCCAUUGAAACUAUCUGCUACGAAUGAGGCGAGACCUGAAGUGACUGUCUAUAAAUUUCGGUUCAAACACGGAGAUGUUAUUAUUUCCUUUAAUGGCACUAUAUAUGCAGUAUUGCUUCAGCUAUAGGUUAGUUGCACAGUGAUUAGCGAGAACUUGAGGAUAUAAAGACGAAAACUCUACGAUUGAAACUAUAUUGCAUGUAAAGGUGUGGAUGAGGAUGACAUCGGUAUAGUCAUUAAAUUUUGUAGCUGGCUGGUCAAUCCUGAGAGGAAUAAACAUAUCUGGUGCAAAAUCCGAAAAAUAGCUAAAUGAUCGCUUAUAAUGAACCGAACUGGAUUCUUGUACAUGUGUAAAACUUUGCUGGAGACCUGACGAUCCAUGCCGAAGGGCAGUUUGGAAGGGCUCAGGUGUCGCUCAGACGGACCCGGCUCUGCACCCCUGUACUUCACACUCCUCCGCGCCACGGGCGAUGACAGGCUGUACACAGGGGCAGCCAACGAUGCUGCUCCCUCCUCCCGAUCUACACAGAAGCUGCAUUCAUCCGCACCAUCCUGGCGCUCAGGAGACCCCCCACCCCCCAGACGCACAUCUCACGGGCUUUUCGCGCUAGUCCGCCUGUGAGGAUACAGCCUCCCAUCCCGGAGAUACCGAGUUGCUACAAUGAGCGCCAUGGCUAUGGUCUUGCUGCUUUCCAGCGUCGUGUAUGGUCAGCCACACAGGCCCAGCUUUCCAUGUGGGGGGAAUUUCACCGAUGACUCCGGGGUCAUCGGCAGCCAGGGUUACCCGGGGGUGUACCCGGCCAACAGCAAGUGCGUCUGGAGGAUCACGGUCCCUGAGGGGAAGGUGGUCGUCCUCUCAUUCCGCUUCCUCGACCUGGAGAGCGACACCUUGUGCCGCUAUGACUUUGUGGAUGUGUACAGCGGACAGUCUCCAGGCCACCGGCUUGGGCGUUUCUGCGGGACGCACUUGCCGGGGGCCCUUGUCUCCACGGGCAACAAGAUGGUCCUGCAGAUGGUGUCUGACGCCAACACGGCCGGCAGUGGCUUCCUGGCUGCGUACUCGGCGGCCAAGCCACACAAGCAAGCUGCCAGACAGAGGCUCGUUUGGGCAGCUACAGUCUGGGGGCUGGUGCUUUAUUCCUGCUCUGUGUAGCUGCCGAGGUUGUUUUCAGGGGAAUGACUGGAAUUGUCGGGGAAUUUGGAAAGGAGAGCAGUACUGCGGCGGCCGCCUGGAGAAGCCGACAGGGUCCUUCAAGACCCCCAACUGGCCGGAGAAGGACUACCCAGCCGGGGUCAGCUGCUUCUGGCACAUCGUGGCCCCCAGGAAUCAGAUCAUCGAAGUGAAGUUCGAGAAAUUUGACGUGGAAAGAGACAGCUACUGUCGCUAUGACUACGUGGCCAUUUUCAAUGGGGCGGAAAUCAACGAUGCCAAGAGGAUCGGGAAAUACUGCGGCGAUAGCCCUCCGGCCCCUGUCUUCUCUGAUGGGAGCCAGCUCUUCAUUCAGUUCCUCUCUGACCUGAGUCUCACAGCAGAUGGCUUCAUCGGCCAUUACAAAUUCAGGCCCAAGAAAUUCUCUACUACCACCAUAGCUCCGACCACCACGAGUCCCCUGGUCACGACCAGAACCACAAGUCUGAAGUACUCAGCAGCGCUGUGCCAACAGAGGUGUAAGAAGAGCGGUGCCCUCGAGUGGCAUUACUGCUCCAGCGAUUUCGUGAUAACAGGCACGGUCAUCUCCACUGUGACUCGGGGGGGCAGUGUCCACGCCAGCAUCUCCAUCAUCAGUGUCUACAAGGAGGGGAAGCUCUCCAUUCAACAGGCCGGCAAGGCCCUGAGCACCAAGAUCAUCAUUCUGUGCAAGAAAUGCCCCUUCAUCAGGCGAGUCCAUGGUUGUUGGGUCUCGCCAGGUCUCAGCUACGUCUUCAUGGGCCAGGCCGAUGCUCAGGGCCGCGGCAAAGUGGCGCCACACCACUUCGUGGGGGUCAUCAAGCCCAGCACUCAGAAAAGCCUAAACACACUGAGGAGCCAGCGAUGCUGAGCCAUCAUCAUAUCAGCAUGCCUGGCCCCCCUCGCCGUGCCGCUUCCUCUGUGUGAAGCUUAUCGAAGACUGUUUGGACAAGCGGAGCGCCGUAACGAUGUCCACCAACAUCUCGAAAAGCUUCCUUCCAGCUUGUGCUGAGUGUAAUGCAGGGAACAGGACCUUUUCCAUGUGGCUGCAUAAAGUGCAAUAUUUAAAAACA